UUGAAACCGCGACCCGUCACUCUUUCAUACCGACUGCCAUUCGAUACCAGUCCAGGCCCCUCUGGACAAUUCUAAUUCGCACAAGAACACCCAUCAGCUACACGGCUAAUGUCUUCAAGAUUCUCAGCGGCGCGCCCCAAGCGCGCUGGCGAAGCUUUCGCCCGGUCGCAUCACGGCGAAAGGGCGGGAUCGGACGGGGAGGAGGGCUCGGCCAAAAAAGUCAAGUUUGAUGUGCGAAACCCGUCAGCGCUUGUUGCGGACGAGCGCGAGGAAGACGACAUACUCGACGCCGACGUUAUAGGAAAGAGAGGCGGCACCGCCACCAAGCGAGGCGCCGUCAACAUCGACGGCUACGACAGCGACUCGGACAACGAAACCUUCCAUGCCCGCGCCCAGGCCAAGUCAGGCCGGGACGGGGACAAGCCCGUCAACAUAUUAGACCAGCUAGACAACUAUGACUCGAAGCUGAAGGGCACCGCGCCCGCGCCCGAUGACGAUGAUGACGAUGACAUGUUCGGCGGUGGAAAUUCCGACGACAAGCCCGCGGCCCAGAACAAGACUAACGAAAGUGGGCGCAAGAACAAGGAGGUCCGCUUUCUGGAUGCGCGCGACAUAGAAGGUGAGGAGCACACCAGCAAGAGCGGCGGGCAGGUGCGGCUGGACGAUGAGGAGAGCAGCGACGAGGAGGACGAGGAGCUCGCGAUCCAGGAGGAGGAUGUGGACGACGAGGUCGGCGCCGGCGGCCUCAAGCGGCACGCCCCCAAGAUCGACGCCUUCAACAUGAGGUCCGAGCAGGAGGACGGAGCGUUCGACGAGGCCGGCAACUUCGUGCGCAAGGCGACCGACACGGACGCCGUGCACGACCGGUGGCUCGAGGGCAUCAAGAAGAAGGACAUGAAAAAGGCCGCCGAGGCGCACGAGAAGCGCGAGGCGGAGCUGCGCCGCCAGCGCAAGGAGGACGACAGGGUCAUCACGUCAGACAUGAUUAGUUCGCUCAUCCUCAACCUGGAAACGGGGGAGACGCCACUGGAGGCGCUUGCCAGGUUAGGCAAAAGCCAGGCCAAGUUCAAAUCCAAGGCGAAGAAGGUGCCGCGGUGGAAGCAGAAGAAGCAGAGCGCCGCCGAAGACACAAUGGACGUCGACAAGGACGCGACGCCAGAAGACGCCGCGUACCAGCGAGUCAAGGCGGCCAUAAACCAGGUCACCGAGGCCGCAGACCGUCUGCUUGGAAGGGAGUUCCCGGAAAUUUACGACACCGAGAGAGAGAUACUUGUCAGGGAGUAUAGGAAAGAGACGGGCGAGGAGUGGAUCGAGCCCGCGCGGCCGGAUAGUCUAGAGGAGACAUCGGCGGCAGGGGCGACCACCGAGGGACCAGAGCCAGGAGGGGAGCAGUGGGAAUAUCGCUGGACCGAUGGCAGGGACGGCGCCGCCAAACAGGGCCCCUUCGACACCGCCAUGAUGAAGGCCUGGCAUGCUGCUGGGUACUUUGGCGAGGGUGUUGAGUUCCGGAAGGCCGGGGAUGACGGACCGUGGACACAAACAGCUCCCUUCGCCUAAGGAACAGGUAAUGGUAGCUCGGUCGGCGUAUUGCUUUGUCCAUGCGACCAGACGUGAGCCAAAACAUGUGUCAAGCCUUGUAGUAGGUAGGAUCCUGACGACUCUCUGGAUAGCUUGCGUCCCCUUCAAUGUGCAGCUCCACAGUCUCUGGGUCAACAAUGGUCGCGUCCUUUGCGGUAAUCUUUUCGGCGGCUAGCCGUUCCAGUAACGUAAAUCCCAGAGACAUUGGUUAGACGCCAUAGGCUAACCUUUUGACUGUCCGUAACGCCCGGCCG